AACAGGCUAGUUCUUGAGGGGUGCGGUUAGCUACGUGCAACCCCACCAUCUGAUCUUCCCGUGCUGAGAUGGCAACUUUCUAUUGCUUACAACGAAGAGCCAAACUGAAAAGGGAUUCGAGAAAACGAUGCUCAAAGCGAUACAGAUACUUGGUUCUUCAUCUGUGCUCGUUUCACAGAGAUGGAAAUACCAUAACAGUUGUGGAUUCUCUAUAAUUUAUUGUUCUUGUUCUUCUUCAAGAACUCCGACAAUGACUUCUUUGGUAAUGCCCACUUCUCCAACUCGCAAGAUGCGCUGUUUCAGAGCGUUUCGGGCGUCCACAAUUCGGGCUGAGUCAAACCCAGAUGCCCCUUCUUCUUCUUCAGCAUCAUCAUCGGCUUCGGUUCAGUCAACUGGGAGCACAUUGAAGAUCAAUUUUUGUCAGUGGUGUGGUGGCCCAACGAAGCAUGAUAUACCGGAGGGAGAGGAGAAGAUCAGGGCUAUUUGCACACUUUGUGGGAAAAUCACUUAUCAGAACCCAAAAAUGGUUGUGGGUUGCCUCAUUGCGCAUGAAAACAAAGUUCUCCUCUGCCAACGGAAGAUUCAACCAUCUUAUGGUCGUUGGACUCUUCCUGCUGGUUACUUGGAAAUUGGGGAGUCAGCUGCAGAAGGGGCAAUCAGGGAGACCUGGGAAGAAGCAGGUGCAGAUGUGGAAGUGCAAUCACCUUUUGCUCAAUUGGAUAUUCCUCUUAUCGGUCAAACAUACAUAAUUUUCUUAGCGAAGCUGAAGAAGCCACACUUUUCCCCAGGUCCAGAAUCAUUGGAUUGCCGACUCUUUGCACUUGAAGAUAUACCUUUUGAUUCUUUGGCAUUUUCAUCAAUGUUGGUCACCUUAAAAUUGUACAUUGAAGAUGUAAAGUCAACCGGAAGACCCAAAUUUCACUAUGGUACCAUUAAUAAAAGGCCUGGCACUAGCCCUUCUGAUAUUCAAUCCUACACCCUGGAUUUUCAUUUGCAGUCCUGAUCAUAUUGUGAUGAUUGCACUAAACAACCCUACCAUUUGGGAUUCAAUUCUAAAAUUUCCCCAUCAAAUCCUUUUUUCCCACCGUAAAACUUUGCUGUCAGUGUGACACCCAUUUUGAGUUCAUCGAAAUAACCUGUAAGUCUAAUGAUUAGAAUAUUCUGGAAACUUUUUAAGACUUCUUGUGGAUCUUGCCUGGAGUGGAAGGCUCAAGAGUAACAAGACUAGAGGUUCAAGGUUCAAGAGACGAGUAGAAUAUUCUGGAAGCUUUUAAGGGUUGUGUGCAUCUGGUUGGGCGAAAGUUUCUGGAAGAAUGUGGAUGGCUGAGGAUCACUCUAGAAUCAGUGGGAAUUCUCGGGAGCUAGAUUCUGUUCAUACCAUAAAAGAUAUAGGAAGCUUCUAAAAAUUUCAAGGACUGUAGAAGAUUUUUGGAUGCCUUUAAAUAGCGAUGGAGGAGAUGCUCGGUGGGUGGGAUGGUACACUUAAGCAGAAGAGAAGGGGAAAAUGGUAGACUUGUUUAACACUAUUUUAUGUUGAUGUUAUUAAUAAGACAAAAUUUUGUUGUGUAUGAAAUGAUUGUCAUCCCUCUAUUCUUAUAAUUUCUUAUUCUUA